AUGAGCCAAGACGAAGAUGCUGCAUAUCUAAAGGCUUUAGAAAUACAGAGACGGAACUUCGAAGCCCAGUUUGGAUCCAUUGGUGAUCUUGGAUUCGAUGAUAAGUUAGACAAAGUGGAAUCGGAAGCUACCUCCUCUUCGGAUGAAUCUUUAGAUGACAAAGAGACAAACUUUGACGGCUUUAGCAGUGGAAGUGAAGACGACAGCUCAUCGUUGGACUCAGAAGAAGAAAAAGAAGAAGAAGAAGAGGCGCUCGCAGAGGAGGAGGCGGGGCUGCCGCCAAAACCCAAGGUUGUCAAAUUAAACACGACCACAUCAGAACUCCCCCAUGCGGUCCCUUCCAAGACCGAACGAAAGCUACUCAAAUCGGGACGAGCAGCAACCCUUUCCGAGCUUGAAACAAUCAACAAACGGGCCUCAAAACAGACUCUUAAACAAGCAAACAAACUAGCCAAGGAAGAGUCAGACAACCUUGAAAACGAUUUGAAGUUGCAGCGAUUAUUAAAAGAAUCCCACAUCUUGGCAAACAACGUCGACCCACAAUUCAGCGGUGCUGACCUAACUUUGAAAACUAUAGACUUUGAAGAUCCCACAGGCAAGUCGCGAAGGAGGAUACUAUCGUCACGAAUGCUGGAAUUGGCUUCUAUCAACAAGACAAAAGAUCGCAAAUUGGAAUCGAUGCCGAUGAAUAUGCGAAAGGGCAUGAUUGCUAAACGGGAUGCUAGAGUGGCCAAGUAUGAACAAGAAGCAAGAGAAGCGGGGAUUGUGCUAUCUAAGUUGAAAAAGGGACAAGUUCGAGACUUGAAUGCAGGCCGUGGGUCAACAUCAUCUAGCGAGCGGUUGGGUUCUGGCAAAUCCCUUGGUAACAAAGUGAUGAAGCGUGAACGAGGAUUGAAAAUUAAUGGUGUUGGGAAAUCAACUAGGAAUGGAUUGGUUAUAUCUCAAAGCGAUAUCGAUCGUAUUAAUAACCAAGGCAAAAGACGUGGCAAGAAGAGAUGA